AGUUACGUCAUUUCCGCCAAGUUAUUCAGAUCCAUGGCGUUGGAGGGAAGAACGUCUAUUUUAAAUUAAUGCUUGUCCGUCCACGAGAAACACUACACAAGACAGCAUGUCUAAAAGGAAAGUGACAUUCGAUGAUGGGGAUGGGGAGCUCGACUUGGAUUUGGACGAUGUCCCCAAGAAGAAGAUAUGUGAGGGGGUGAGUGGACCCGGCUCCAGGUUUAAGGGUAAACAUUCUCUUGACAGCGAUGAGGAGGAUGAAGGAGAAGAAGGAGACUCCAGCAGCAAAUACAACAUACUUGACACAGAUGAUAUUGAAGGCCAAGAAAAUGCAACAAUAGACUGUGAUGAAGGUGUACCCAUCACGCCUUUCAACCUUAAAGAGGAGAUGGAAGAGGGACACUUUGACGCAGAAGGGAAUUAUUUCGUCAACAAGGAUGCAGACAUCAGAGAUAACUGGCUGGAUAAUAUCGACUGGAUGAGGAUUCGCGAGCAGCCCGUGAAGAAGAAGAAGAAAGGGCUGGCUGCCAAGCGCUGGCGGCGAGCGGGGGACGAGGACGAGGCGGAGGAGGAGAAGCAGCGCGAGGAGCGUCAGAAGGAGGGGGACGGAGAGGACAGCGAGGAGGAAGAGGAGGAGCAGGAGCCGCCCGAGGACCCGCUGGCCACCUACUCCAAGCUGCAGCUCCUGGAGGGAGUGGUGGAGCUCCUCAGGCCAGGGGAGACGGUGGCGGGGGGCCUCAGAAGGCUGGGGGGACUGGGGAAGAAGAAGAAAGGAGGCAGGCUAAGGGGGGAAGCGGCCGACGACAAGCCCCAAGAGGAGCCGGCUGACAGGAACGCGGAAAAACUGGACCGGCUCACGGCGCUGGCAGACAGACUGGUGGGCGCCGGGGAGUACGAGAUCUACCAGCAGAGCUAUGAGAAGCUGGCCUACAAGGUGAAGAGCAUGAGCCAGGGCAAGGGCAAAGGGGCUCAGCAGGCGGCUAAGAACGGGGACGGGGAGGAGGAGGAUGAACUGGACAUGUUUGGGGAUAAGUUUGAUGAAAAGCACGGAGAGGAGAAGGAGACGACCGACAAUCAGGAUGACUCAACCACAGGCAGUGAUGAGGUGAUGUGGGAGUAUAAGUGGGAGAACAAAGAUGACUGCGAGCUCUACGGACCCUUCAGUAGUCAGCAGAUGCAGGAUUGGGUGGACGAAGGCUACUUCAAAGAUGGUGUGUACUGCAGGAGAGUUGACCAAGAGAAUUCACAAUUCUACAAUUCAAAGAGAUUGGACUUCGAGUUAUAUACAUGAUUUUAUGUUUGGCACAAAUUACAACAGUUUAGAAAUAAUUGUCUCCAUUUUUUUUUAAAUUAAAAGCGGGUUCAUUGUGGGCAGCUAUAUGAACAUUCAAACUAUCAUCCAGAUUGUGUGAAUCUUGCAAAAAAUGUAUGUGAAUGGCUGUCAUGAGGUUGUCAACAAUUUGCUAGAAAGAUUUUUAAAUAAACCAGUUGUAAUGGCAACAUUCAAAAUGUGCUGUCAUUACAGUAAAUUGUAUUUUUUUUCUUUCAUUCUUGAGUUUGAAGUAUUUCCAUCUGCACAUGAUUUUUAGAUUGCCAUUAUUAUUACAAGUAUUAUUACAUAAUGGGAAUUUCUCUCUAGUGUGCGCAAAAUAUUAAGUUGUGUAAUUAAACUGAACCAUAGGGUUAUUGAUGGGGUAAUUACAUAAUAUUAUUAAUAUUAUCAACUUUGUUGCACUGCACCUACUGGAUGUAAUUUGGACAGAAAAAUAAAUGUACCCCUUAUAUUGUUA